GAGGCGGCUUCAUCGGAGGAAACUGGUCUGACUGGCUUCUGUUCAGUCGCCUGGAGGAGGUUCUCAGUUUCUGCUUCGGUCUGAAGGACGCUGCUGUCGACUCUGAAGCUCCCGAAGGACAAAAAAACCCUCAAAGAUGGCUGUGAAUAAAUGCAUCAAAUACCUGCUGUUCUUCUUCAACCUUCUCUUCUGGCUGAGUGGUUGCAUCAUCCUGGGCGUCUCCAUCUACCUGAAAGUCAGCAAAGAUAACAACAAGAUCACUGAAGAGGCUCUUCCUGGCGUUGACCUGAUGAUCGCCAUUGGUGUCAUCAUCAUGGUUCUCGGCUUCCUCGGCUGCUGCGGCGCCAUCAGGGAGAACCGCUGCAUGCUGCUGUUGUUCUUCAUCAGCCUCCUCCUCAUCUUCAUCCUCCUGCUGGCGGCGGGAAUCCUGGCAGCCGUUCAAGAGAAGAAGGACUGGGUGAAGGAAAAUCUGAGUAAGUUAAUACCGCUGUCGGCUCAAGAUCAGGCUGUGAAAGACAGCGUGGAGAAGUACCAGAGAGAGCUGAAGUGUUGCGGUCUCAUUGAUGGACCACAAGACUGGGCAGGGUCAGUUCCUGACUCCUGCAAAUGCAACAGCACCGAGACCAGCACCUGCACAGGAUCCUACUACAACACGCCUUGUGCCACUCAGAUCGCCGAGUUGGUGAAGAGCAACAUGGAGGUCGUGAUCGGCAUCGCCUUCGCCAUCGCCAUCCUGCUGAUCUUCGGUAUGGUCUUCUCCAUGAUCCUCUACUGUCAGAUCGGUAGGAAGCAGGAAGCCACGACAACCGCCUGAGCCCAUCAGCUGCAGCCAAAUCACCUCAGUGCUACUGUAAUGCAUCCUGGGCUUUUAUUGUGAUGGAGCAUGUCAAUGUUUUGUCUGAAAAUUAACACAAAACCCCAGUAGAGACAAAAGUACGGAAUACCAGUGGUGCCGAAAAUACAAAAAUGGGUUAAAAUCAAUACAUUCUUUCAGCUAGGUUGUCUCUGAUUUGCUUUAAACUUUUAUAUUAUAAACUAUGAAUGUUUAAAAUGGUAUCUGUGAAAUUUUAGGCUGAUAUAUUAAAUAAUACUUGAGAUUUUUUUUAAAAGUUACUCCUUGAAAUGAAGCAUUUCUCAAACAAAUCUGACAAUUCUACUGUUAAAGAGCUUUUUAAUAUAAAAAAAUAUGAAAAAAAGGACAAAAAGACACAAAACAGACAAAAAAUAUGCAAAAAUGAAACAAAAUGGACACAAAAAUAUUAUAAAUGACACAACACGGUCACAAAAGAUACUAAAAAUUAAAUAAAAUCACCUUAUCACUUUCAGCAGGUUUUCUCUCACGUUGAAAUUUGAGGCUGUUUGACCAACAAUAUCUGAGGAACUAUUAAAGCUAAAAGUGUGAAAUUUUCUCCCUCAUUUCUCAUGUCAUUGAUUCAGAAUCUGUAAUAUUUGGACAAAUUGAUCAGAUAUUCUCUGAUUGAGUUCCCGUCAUUAAAAGUCCCAUCUUUAAGCUCAUAUUUCAUAAAAUAAUCAUCAACUAGUGAUACUUUCUGAACCGUUUUUACCUGCAGGUCACAAUAACACAAAACUGAACAUGCUUUUAAUUUGAAAUAUUUGGUCACAGAAAUGAAAAGAAAGUUUUUUUGGGUUAACAUAUAAUAACUUAUUAAUCAGGUUUGACAAGUUGUACCACAAACUCAAAAAUUGUCUAAACUGAAUAAAAAUGAGCUCAAGAUUUUAAAACGGUUCCAGUGUUUUAGUUUUUGUGGUGCAACUUGUCAAAUCUGCUCAAUCAGUUAUCAAAGUUUAGUAAAGAAAAACUUUCCUUUCAUUUGUGGGACCAAAUAAUUCAAGUUAAAAGUCUUUUUUUUACGUUUAGUUUUGUAUUAUUAUGAUCUGCAGCUAAAGACGGUUCAGAAUGUCAUUAGUUGACUUUUAAUUUUUACAAAUAUGAGCUCAAAGAUGAGACUUUCAAUGACGGGAAGUCAAUCAGAGAAUAUUUAAUCUACUUGUCUGAUAUUUUCAGAUUGUAAAUCCAUUAAAUAACGAGAAAUAACUGAAAAUUUCAUGUUUUUAUCUUUAAUAGUUCCUCAGAUUUUGUUGCCUCGAAAGAAUGUUCUGAAAGUGGGUCGAUGGGCAGUUUUUUAAAAACAUAAUUGUCUUGGAAAAUAUUUAAGAUGUGAAGAUAAAAUUUCACAAAUAUCCUCUUAAAUAUCUAUAAUUUGUGCUCUAAAAAUUUCAGGCAAAGUUAGAGAUAGUUGAGUAGAAACUGUUCCUAAAAUUUUCCGAUUUGAGAGGAAAUGAAGCCGAUUUUUUUUUGGUAAAAUAUCAAAGCUUUCUUUUACCUGUUUAGAAAUUUUACAGGCAUUUUAACAAACAAGCGACAAACAAAACUGUAAAACAUUAACACUGUUUUGUCCACAUUUCUGUUCACAUUGUGGCCUGAAAGAACAGUAAAUAUUAUGUAUGGAGGACCAUUACUGCCAAAGUAUAAAAAUACAAUAGACAAUUUUUUUUACGAAUCUCACCUUGUAUUUUUAGUUUUUCUUCAUGUGCUUUGUUUCUUUUAUAGCAUUUAAUUAGUAAAAGGAAAUGUGAAGUAACAGCUGGUAUAUUAUAGUUGUAUGUUUCAUGGCACAAAUGGGCUUCCGUACUUUACAUCAAAGCCCUCCAUCCACACGCCUUUCAAAAUAAAAGACAUCCUAACAAAACAAUAAGCUUUAAAUUUGAUAUUAUUGAUAUUAUUAUUAUUAUAAAAGUAAAACAUUUAAAGACAUUUGAGCAAAAUUUGGUGUCUUGUUUCCUGUUGCUGAUUUUAUUUUUUGUUUUUAGUCUGGCACUGGUGUUUUCAUUUUUGUGUUUUUUUUUUUGGGAAAUCGUACCAAAGGCCUCGCAACAUUUGCUCAUCUUUUAUCCUAUGGUUCUCCCAUAAUGAAGUGAAAUAAAGCAGAAGAAUAUAUAUUCAGAUUUACUGAAAAAAUGG